AUGGAAUGGCGAGGGAUUGCAUACAUCACACUAUGGUAUCUAAGUAUUACCUGUGGAUUUCUCGGCAUUUGUUGUCCGACAAUACCUUUGAUGUUUAUUUAUCCUCGUGCUUUUCGAUAUUUCAUGGGAACCAUAUUCUCAGUGUGGGAAAUGUAUCCCACAGUUAGUAAAUAACAGUUAGGUUUGUAAUUUUUUUGAACUACACACUUUAAUUUUCAGGUAUUGAUGAGACUGUUGUUCAACACACGUUUUAUAAUAACUGGAGAUCGCAUCAAUCCUCUUGAUGGUGCAUUACUUAUAAUGAACCACCGUAAUAGAUUGGACUGGAACUUUUUGUGGGCCGGUAUGUAUUAUAGCGCUGAACCGCCUGCACACAAGUUGAAAAUGAUUUUAAAGUCUGCUAUUCGACAUGUACCGUUUGCCGGUUGGGUAAUGCAAUUAUGUGGAUUUUUGUACAUACAACGUCGAUGGGACCAUGAUCAGACAUCAAUGAAAAAACAAUUGAAAUACUUUAGUGAUCUGAAUGAUACUCAUCAAGUAAAAAAAAUAUUAUUUUAGACACAAUACACAGUUAAUAAAAUAAAAUUACAAUACAAUGUAAUAAAUCAAAAACACAGCACUAUACAUAUAUAUAUAUGUACAGUUGAGUCGCGAUAACUCAAAAAACUUGAAAACUUGAUUUUUUUUUUUAUUCCCCUAGAAAUUCUCAUAACACUCAAUGUAUUAUAAGUUUUGUUAAUUCGAUAAUAAAAUCGUGAUAAAUAGUUUAAUCGAAGUAUUGAUGAGAAAAUUGAAAAAAUAAUUUCCUUAAAGCACCUCCCUACACUGAUUUGUGUCUACUGUAUCUAAUAAAAAAUACAUAUGUGCAUACUUAUAAUACCAUUAUAUCUAUUUUAGUUUUUUUAUAACAUUUAUGUUAUUUAUCAUAAAAUUUUAAAAUUAUAUUUCAUUACGUAACUCAAAGUUUUGAUUUAAUUUUGAUAAAUUUGAAUUAGAUAUCUCGAAUAAUACAUAUCAUGUAUACAUUAUAAAGUGAAUUUUUAUCCCCUUUUAACUUCGAGUUAUUGUGACUUGACUGCAUGUAUAAUUUUUUUUUUUUGUUAUUUGAAUAUUUUAUAGAUGUUUUAGUAAUAAAAUUGCACUUAAAUGUCGUAUGUUAUGCUAUACUGUAAUUAUAGUCAUAUAUACAUAUGUAUUUAUAGAUUUUGUUGUUCCCUGAAGGAACAGAUCUAUCACCAAACAAUAUUGCACGUAGUAACAAAUACGCUGAUAAAAAUAAUCUUCCUAAUUAUAAAUACGUGCUUCAUCCAAAAACCACUGGCUUUGUCUUUCUUGCUGAUACUAUGCGCACAAGUAAAAUGCAUUAUUAUAACCUACUUUAACAGGUCCAUAUUAAUGUUUAUAUUUUUAUAGAUAAACAAUUAAAUGCAGUGUAUGAUUUGACUGUUGGUUAUCCAGAUCUAAUACCACAAACUGAAAUGGACGCUUUAAAAGGUGUAUUUCCAAAAAAUGUGCAUUUCCACAUUAAAAGGUAAUUUUUAAAAUUUUUUUCAAAACUCCGUCAUUAAUUGACACACGAAUAUCGACUAAAUAUUAACACCGAGGUAUUAUUUUAUGCCGUAUACCUACGUCAUCAAUCACGCAAUGGUAAAAAUUCAUCCCAGCCAAACCUCAACUGCAUGUAUUGAAAUUAUCUCAAUAAUAUUGUGUCCACAACCACGAUUAAGGAUACAUAGGAUACACAACGAGUACUUAUCAAUGGUUCUUUGUUCUUGAACUUACAGCUAGCGCUCUAAUGUGGCUGUGGCGAGUUUUGUACUCAUCAAAAGCGAGAACUGAAAAUGCUUUACCAGUGGCCAUUACAGAUAAGGACUAGAUAAUUUAUAUCACGAAUAAAAUAAAAUAAUAUAUUAAAUCGUGGCAUUUUUUGAUUAAAGCAAUAUGCCUAAUUGAACACACGGUGCUUAUAAAUUAAAAACGAUAAAGUCAUUGACGCCGUGGCGCGCCGUAAAUAUUUACCGUUUUAUAAUAUUUAUCCUAUAAUUGUAAUUUCUGUUUUUCCCUAUUAUUUUAAAAAUAAAAAACCUCUCUAAUGCACCGGCUAGUUGCAAAAUACAACAAAAAAAAAAGCACCGUGAAAUGUUUCGAUUGGAUCAAGUUUUCUGUACGAAAAUGUACAGACGGAAUUAACAGAUUAACAGACGGGGAAAAAACGCGCGUAGCAAAACCAAUAGAGAUUACCUAAAGAUUACUUUGCGUUGAUAAUUGUUCAGCGUUAGAAACUCAAGUUUUAUAAGUUAGAGCCAUUAGAAGGGGGGGGGCGGAUCCACCUCUUAUUUUUCGUUUUUAAGAGCAUAACGUAAAUCCGGUCUUUAACGAUAAGCAAUAAGGAACGGCACAUUCUGCCGCAGCGCCUAGAGAUUCUUAUAUCCCGUACGGUUCUGAUUUCGAUGUUCGUAAAAACUUGGAUGAAAACUCCCAGUGGCCCAAUCCGCCCCUGCCAUCAGGCAGAUUGUGUAUAUAACAGUGAUUUUCAAACUGGGUGCCGCGAAUAUUCACUAGGUGUUUUGGAAUUUGUUUUCCUUAAAUUGUGACGGGCCGCCGGUUAGGUACGAAAUCGUAAUUCCCCAGAUUAUAACUCGUUUGAGUAUGACUCAUCGAUUUUGUUAUUAGUUCUAAUUGUAUGCAAAAAAUUAAAAAUUGACGAAACAAAACAACAAAAAAAAGGUCACAAUUUACCGUGAACGUUUUGUGAAAAGCGAAGUGUACCGUGGCCAAGAAAAAGUUUGAAAACCACCAGGUACAUAAUAUUACGCACAAGACAGACGGACAGAAGUACGAUUGCGAGACGCCCGAGGGUUACCGACCCACGUAAACAUUUUCAUUGCGACACAAACUCGCGGGUCGUUAUCAAGGCGGUGACAUGGUCGUGGGGAUAUCUGAUUGGGCGUCUAAAAAUAGACAUCUUGGGAAAGUCUUCGGUGGAGUCUGAAAUUCGGCGAACUUGGCCCGGCGGCUGACGACGGACCAAAAGAGGCCAACUUUGAGCCCUCUCCGGUGUAGAACCGAACUCGAGGAUCUAUUUGGAAUAAAUAAUGAAACACGAAAUAUUUUUCGCAUCAUAAUAUAAUAUGCCUAUAUCUAAUAUUAUUGCACAAUGCAAUAAAUUUUGUUCUAUUCAAUAUUUUUGAUAUCAAUUUAUUUUAGGAGGAGGAGCCUCCUAAAAAUUUAAAAUUGUAUUAUAAUUUUUUUGAAAAUUUGAAUAAUUUUCUUUUCAAUCAUAACAAUAUUGUUAAUCAACAUAAAUUACUAUUAUUGAUUGAUAUUAACUCGUGGAAAAGAAAAUCCUGACUAAUAACUGAUAACUAAAUAACCACAAUAGGUAUUAUUCACAUUUGCAAAAACUUCAAAAAAUCAUAGAAAAUAAAAGACCAUACUUUAACAAAAGUUUCAACCACCAAAAAUUGUCUAUACAUUUAUUUUAUAAAAUAGCUAUUUUGAAUUUUUUCAAAAAAAUUAUAGUACAAUUUGACAAGGUAGGGUAUACACAAAAAUUUAAAAACAGAAAUAACAAAUUAACCUAAAGGAGGAAUGGUGGAUCAUUAUUAGCUAUACUCAUUAUCAUGGAGAGAGGCUCGUUUCUCAAAUAAUUGGUUGGGUAGUGCAAAGUAACAAAAAGAAUAUAAUUUUGGUUGAUUCUGGUUGUUUCCUUAAAAUUUACAAGUUCAAGUAUGGAAGGAGAGUCAAUUGAGCUGAAGUUUUUGGAGAUUUAUAAUGAUGGUGACGACAAUCGGGUAAGGUAGUGAGAUUUAGAAAAUGGAGAACGGGGGUGUAAUUGUUACACAAUUAAUAUUAAGAGUAUAUUUUACGAAACUGAGAAAUCUGCUCUGGAGAUGCUGAAAUUGUUUGCAAGCAUCUGCAGUCUGAAGAUCCCAAGCAACCGAGUCAUGUUCAACUAUACGCCUGACGAGAGAACAGAAAAGUGAUUUCAGAGAGCAGGAGAGUUUGAACUCACUUGCUAUUCUUUUAAUAAAACCUUAAACGCCUUUCAGGUGAUAUUGUCAAUAUGCAUCCGAGAACAAAGAUGGUGAAAAAUAAUAUUUUAUUAUUAAAACAGAUAUUACACAGAUCAUAGACAUGCUAUACCUAAUAUUAUUGUAUAAUUAUAGUAUCUAUUACCCUAUUAAUGUAUUUCUUAUUUUUUAUAGGUAUGACGAAUCAGAGUUGCCCAUAAAUGGUGAGGAUUUAAAGAUAUGGUUAAACAACGUAUGGCAGGAAAAAGAAAAAAGAUUAGCCUAUUUUACUAAUGUUUCUUCAUUUUCAUUAGAUUCUCCAACUGUAGAUAACAAUUAUCAACCUAUAAAUAAUGCGCUAUAUUUAGCUAUUUUUUUUUGGACUCUAGUUCAGGUACAAUAAUAAUUAUAAUACUAAUGUUUUAAACUAUUUAAUAGCUCCUAUUUAUAACAAAUUUGUAUUGAAUUUUUAUUUAGAUUCUGGUUAUUUAUUUCAUCAUAACGUCAUCACUUUUUCAAUACUGGUGCCUUUUGUGUUGCAUUGUAUUUUUUGGAUUCUCAUUUACUGAUGACGGUUUCCAGAUGUUUGAAGUAAAUUUAUACAAUCGAAAAAUAAAUUUUACAAAUAAAAAUAAAUAA